GAUGAUCGAGGCUGGAGGACAAGGAACGCAUGGAGAUUGAGUAGAAAUUCCAAGAGUCCACACAGUAGAGCCACAUUCAGAGCUUUCAUCUUUGGGUCUGCACCGCUAGUAUGGUGCAGAGCGAGAGCAUAAGCACACGAUUCUGGCGUUUAACGUUGGGAUGUCUACUGCAGUAGUACAGCAGGCAUUGAGCGAGCGAGCAUUGCAAAUAGGUGGAGAGAAUCAAGGGAUCAAGGAAGCUCGGCCUCAGACAGAGGACCUGGAAGCUAGUGAGCAGUGAAGGAGUGAGUAAGGGAGGAGAAAGCAAGAUCCGAAAGGAGAGCCAGCCAAGAAGAGCUGGUCGAGCCCUCGGGCUGUGAUCAGUAGAGGGUAGCGCGGUGCAUGCGCCGGGGAUACUGUUCCUGAUCUUUGUGCUUCAUAGAGCAAGAUGGGAGUCUUCAGACCGGAUGCGGAGUACACUGGAGAAGUACAUUUACAGUACCAAGUGAGUAGAAUGCUACAAUAGCCGCAGGCAUUCUACUGACUUGAUACUCUCUUGUGUAUUCUUCAAUGUUCUUCGCAACUUCCGGUCUGACCAUCCACCAGAUAUCGGAGCCGCGAUGUUACUCCAGACUUGGAUCAUAUGGUGCACCGUCACUCAUCCAAAACAGUCACUCGUCCAAAACAGUCGUGCAGCGAAAACAUAAAGGUCCAAAGAAAUGGAUCUUCAUCGGAUGUAUAAUAGAGCAAGCUCGGAAUUUUGAUAGGAUGCACGAUUGGUUGCAUGAUUAUCACAAGAAAGGGUGCCUGACGUCCUCCGUGCCAAUGGUCACUAUGAACAAUACUUUCAGAGUGGACCCUCGCAACGUCGAGAACAUUCUCAAAACCAAUUUCAGCAACUAUCCCAAGGAUCUGUUCAUGCUCUUGACGCUGGACUCCAUUUGUAGGGUGGGAUUCGGAGUGGACAUUGGCAGCCUUUCCCCCUCGCUGCCGGCCAUCCCGUUUGCAAUCGCCUUCGAUGAAGCUAACAGAUUGAUCGUCAGGAGAUACAUUGACCUGUUCUGGAAAUUGAAGCGCACUCUGAACAUCGGAGGCGAGGCUAAGUUGAAGAAAUGUAUCCACGUAGUUGAGUCUUUCAUAUACAAAGUAAUCGAAACCGGCCGAGCUGAAAUGAGCGCGACAUUCACCCUCGAUCAGCAACACCAUACAGGAGUGGAUAUUUUCUCCCGUUUUAUGUCGAUCACCGAUGGGGACCAGACCUGUACGGAUGAGCGAUUGCUCGAUGUUGUCAUCAAUUUCAUCUCGCCGCUAGUUUCGGCGAGAAGAGUCUUAGAACUUGCCCAGACAUACCAGAGUCUCAGGAGGAUGCACUAUCUGCACACGCAGCCACUGAAGCUCUGCGCCUCCACCCUGCAGUGCCUCUGGAGACCAAAGUGGCCGCAGCCAACGAUAUGUUCCCUAUCGGAACCCGAAUUAAGAAGGGAGAUUUCGAUAGUGUGAGAUACGAGGUUGAAUUCCAGGUGGCUUUUACUUUUAGAGUUUUUGUAGUUUCUAUUGUUUAAUAUCGAGUUAAAUCUCCCAUUAGUUUCCAACUUCUAAAUCUGUUCAAUAAGAUCAAAUACGUCACUAUUCCCAAUAGUAAUAACUUCAAGAGUAAUUUUAGACUCAAAAUUACUAUCAUGGUCUCUAUAUAUGAAACUAAGAAAAUGUA